AUGUUAUGCUUUUGCGAGCAAGUGCCAGCACCCAAGAAGCGGGUCUGCGAAGACACGGACAUAGCGUACGUCGUGGAGACGACUUACCCACACAUUGAGACAAUGCGGAUCGGGCAGAAUUUUCGCCAUUUCUGCACGUGCCCACUCAACACCAAAUUCGAGCUGAAGGAAUAUUACACGAAAAAUGGACCUCUGGCAGACAUCGACAUCUCUGAGUACACUUGUGCUCCGUUGGCGGCUUGCAAGCCAGAAGAUUCAUGCAAAACGGUCACCGAAACGCCGGACUCCUUCAUCGUGGAGAACAACUGCGCGUGUCCGUCUCCGAGCAAGUGCCCGACUUCCGGCAAGCCAUCUCAAGAAAUGCCAGUCGGCAAAGGCGUCGUCAAGUUCAUCCCGUGCCAAUAAAAAAAAAAACAAUAACGUCCCUGAGUUUUCUCAUCGACGGAAAGUUCCUGGGGUCCUUUAUCAUCCUAUGUUCGUCACACCCUCGUAGUUCUUAUCCCUCGUGAUCAACAUGAUUUCUUCCGACCGCGAAACUCGGCAUGUUUUGAGCUGGUUGCUUUACCACGUUCGAUGCAGCGAUAGAAACACCAAUCAGGUUUUUAUGUCAUGCUAUAAGGUUUCUUUGUGGUUCGCAUCCAUCCACCGGAUGUACAGUAAUUUUCCUGCUCUCC